UUGGAGCGCGGAACGACGUGCGUAGCGCGGGAGGGGCGGGGCCUGUUUAAAGCCGUGUAUGUGUGUGUGUAUCGGCAGCCGGUCCAAGGAGAGGAGUGCUCGGUUCGGUUCCGCUCAGCACAGGCAGUGAUGGCGGCCAAUAUGUAUCGGGUGGGAGAUUAUGUUUUCUUUGAAAACUCCUCCAGCAACCCCUACCUGAUCCGAAGAAUUGAGGAGUUAAAUAAGACAGCCAAUGGCAAUGUGGAAGCGAAGGUGGUCUGCUUCUACCGCCGGCGGGACAUUUCUAACAGUCUGAUCCAGUUGGCAGACAAGCAUGCAAAGGACCUAGAGGAAGAACGGGAUGUCCCAACUGAGCCAGAGCUGUCAGAGAAACAAAGACACCAGCUGAAGCACCGCGAGCUAUUCCUCUCCCGCCAGUAUGAAUCUCUGCCAGCCACACACAUUAGAGGGAAGUGCUGUGUGGCUUUGCUGAAUGAAACCGAGGAAGUGCUGUCCUACCUGGAGAAAGAGGACACCUUUUUCUACUCCCUUGUGUAUGAUCCCAACCAGAAGACACUGCUUGCGGACAAGGGUGAGAUCAGAGUUGGGCCAAGAUUCCAGGCUGAUGUUCCAGAGAUGUUGAAGGAAGGUGAGCCUGAUGAUAGGGACCAGUCAAAACUGGAAGUAAAAAUGUGGAAUCCAGAUUGCCCAUUGACAGACAGACAGAUUGACCAGUUCCUGGUAGUAGCCCGAGCGGUGGGAACAUUUGCCAGAGCACUAGACUGCAGCAGUUCUGUCAGGCAACCCAGUCUUCACAUGAGUGCAGCUGCAGCCUCCAGAGAUAUCACAUUGUUUCAUGCAAUGGACACCCUGCAUCGGCACAACUAUGACCUUUCCAGUGCAAUCAGCUUCUUGGUGCCAUAUGGAGGACCAGUUCUGUGUCGGGAUGAAAUGGAGGAGUGGUCUGCCUCAGAAGCUAACCUAUUUGAGGAGGCCUUGGAAAAAUACGGCAAGGACUUCAAUGAUAUCCGACAGGACUUUUUGCCAUGGAAAUCCCUCACCAGCAUCAUAGAAUACUAUUACAUGUGGAAGACCACGGACCGAUAUGUCCAACAGAAACGUUUGAAGGCUGCAGAGGCUGAGAGCAAGCUGAAGCAAGUGUACAUCCCCACCUACAACAAGCCCAGUCCCAAUCAGAUAACAGUAAGCAAUGGCAAGCCUUUGGCAGUAAACGGUGUGGCGGCAGCUGGUGGCUUUCAAACUCCAAACUGUGGUCAAGGACGACCAUGUGAAAGCUGCUUCUCAAUGCAGUCCUCUCAGUGGUACUCCUGGGGUCCUCCCAAUAUGCACUGUCGCCUUUGUGUUGCCUGCUGGGUCUAUUGGAAGAAGUAUGGUGGACUAAAAAUGCCCAGUCGGGCUGAAGUCGGCGAGAAGAUAUCCUCUAGUCCUCCUGCUACGGAACCACGCUCUCGGAGCCAUGGUCCACGCCAGUCUGCCCAUUUGGUGCCUGUCAGGAAUAGCGGCAGCCCUAAAUCCUCUGUGAAGACACGGCAGGCGUUCUUCCUGCAGGCCACACGCAUCACCAAGCUAACACGCCAUGUAUGCCGGGAUGUUCUGCGGCUGCGUCAGGCAGCCCGACGACCCUUUGUCCCGAUUAACUGUGCUGCCAUAAAGGCAGAGUAUGAGAGUAAAGUGCCCGAGGGCAGCCAGAGGGCAGCAAAGAUGAAAAGCACAGAGAGGAAGCCUCUGGCCAGCGUCCUGCAGUAUCUCGAAGCCCAUCCACCACCCAGGAGCCUGCGCUUAAUGAGGACAAUCCCCAGCCUAGGAUGCCAGCCUGCUAAGCGCCUAUUGGCUGUGCCUAAUCAUGGACCGCUCAGCAUUCUGGGGAAGCGGAGUUACAGUCAUCACAGUCGGACAGACAGAGAGCAUGUUAAUCAUGUCACUGGAGCCAUACUGGGAUCUGCGCAUUGCCCUUACCUGCAGAAUGGCAAUCCCAGAGUGACCAUUGUCAGGUCCGAUGGUGGUCCAACGGCCAGGAAGCACAGGACAAACUGGAUUGAUGCCCCCGAUGAUGGUUUCUUCUUGGCUUCAGAGGAGACAAGGAGGAUCCGGAAACUUCUCAGUCGUUCUCAGCUGAGACGGGCCUCAAGGCAGCCAUGGGAUUCCAUCUCUCUGAGACAUGCUGGCAGCAGGAUUGAGCCAAUCAUGAUCCAAGACUGAGCGGCUUAUGUCAGAAUUGGUACUGGGUGCACAGAAUGGGGGACGAGUGCCAGGGAGAGUGGCGUCCAGAAGAUUGUCUGUGUCGGGUCACAAAGCAGCCCACCGGUCAGGGAUUUGUUCAAUCUUUCUUUCUUUCUUUCUUUCUUUCUUUCUUUCUUUCUUUCUUUCUUUCUUUCUUUCUUUCUUUCUUUCUUUCUUUCUUUCUUUCUUUCUUUCUUUCUUUCUUUCCUUCCAUAGUCAUUGACAAAAGACAAUCUUCUUUUCACACCAAGAACAUCCUUUUGCCAUUGUUCAGGCUUGUGCUUGUGUUCACCUUUUUCUCCAUGACUUAAGUCGAGUAGGGAGACUCCUUAAAUCUGGCCACGUCCCUGAUGGCUUUUCCCUCUGCUACUCCUUCUGUUCACUUAUUCUGUUAACAAAGAGCAGGAAAUGCCAAAUGUUUGCUCGACUGGUGGCACUGUAAAGACAUGCCGGACGUUGUGCCCUCUCUCUUGUGUAAAUCUGUUUUCUAAUGUUUUCAAAGUGGUUUUCUAUGAUCACAAUGUUUUGUUGUGGGGCCGAAAAAUGCAAAAUAAAUAAAAACGUUAAGUACA